CUUCCCCCAGGCUCACUCUCACUUUUAGGAGAGUAUUUUUGCGCACGCACCUCUUGGACUUCUACUCAGUUCUCAGAUCUGGAUUAUCUCAGUCCACCAUGGCAGCCCUGUUCAGCAGUGAUGUUUUCUCCUGUUUUGUCUUCUAUGGUGUCCUUCUGGUCCUAAAAAUGUACAUUAUAGCCAUCAUAACGGGACAAGCCAGGCUGCGCAACAAGGCUUUUGCAAACCCUGAAGACGCGCUGAGACACGGAGGUUUACAGUUUCACAGAGAGGAUCCGUACGUAGAGAGAUGCCGAAGGGCUCAUAUUAACGACAUCGAAAACAUCCUCCCUUUUCUGUUUUUGGGUGCUGUCUAUUCCCUGAUUGGACCCUCCCUCGGCACAGCCCGCCUCCAUUUCUUGGUCUUCUUCCUGGCUCGUGUGCUGCACAGUGUUGCCUACUUGUUUGCAUUGCGGGCACCGACUCGCUCCUUGUCUUAUAUUAUUGCACAGAUACCUUGCGUUUCCAUGGCGCUGCAGAUCCUGGCAGCGUUCGCCUCUUAUGCCUAAAAUCCUGACAGGCCUGAGGGACUGAACUGGUGGCGUUCUGGGUCAGUGGGCGGUAGUUAACGAUCCGUGACCCUGUAACCUGUGGCAGAAAAUGCAAGAAACCUUCUGAGGGUGGACUGUUAAAGACAUAGAAUGUCAGUGAGAGUGCAAUGCAUGCUGGGUGAAACGCACCACAGCUGUAGUUUCUGAUCAUUUGUCAGUAUUUUUUAUUAAUAAGUUCAAAUGUGAGAAUGCCUCCUUAUUCAUUUUGUUUGAAGUUACACUCAUGUACUGUAUAUUUAUAGUGCAAAUGAAGGUUGUGUUUUUUUUUGUUUUUUGUUUUUUACAUCAUGUUUUGUUGAAAUGACUCGAUGGAAUCACCGCCUGACGUACAUUUUGACAUUUAGUCUCAGCCACCUUGGAAUUUUCCAGCGCUGUGUGUUGACCACUGCCUCUUAUGUUUAACACACAACAAACCACCGUUCCAUGUGCGCCGUUUCCUCCCUGGAUUCAUCUGUUUCCUAUGCGGAUAUAUUCCAUAUGUUGUGUUAACAUCUGUUUAAGUAUUGAACUGAACAAAAGGACUCUGGGAUGAUGAUGAAAGGUCUUCUAAUCUAAGCUCAAUCUCCGUCUCUGUCGCUGAGACUGUUUGUCAAAUUCCUUUUAAGGCACUUGAGAGAAGAAAGGAAUCCUAACACUGAGCUUGGACUGCAAUUAUUAUCUCAACAACCCCCCCAGACAGAGGAAGAAUGGUGGAAAAGGUUUUAUGAUAUGUAAUAUUUUAAUGUUAAGAGUUAUUUUAUUUCUAUUUCUAUGUAAUGAACUAUUUUUGAGCUUGAUCCAUAAGUAUUGAAAUAAUAAUAAUUUAUUAUCAAAUGUAAUGUAUUCUAUGAUGUUUUUUGACUCCCAAAAUACCAUUUGUAGGCAAUAAAACAGUUUACAUAUUUAA